UCAGCUUCUGAGAGAGUUCGGAAGUCGGAAUUACAACAAGCACAGACUGACAGACCCACAAACUCUGGAUCCAUCCAUCCAUCGCCUCUUCCAGUCUUCCAGUCUUCCAGUCUUCCCUCGGCCGGUGAGCCACGUCCAAGUCCCUAGGAGACACCCUCAACCCCCUGACACACAUCCUGCCACACCCGAGCCCGGCCCUUCAGUCCCCCACCGACGGGCGGGAUUGGUGACCACGCCAGCCCCCGCCCCCGGUCUCCAUUGGGGGUGGAGCGUGAGUCAAUGAGUGAGUAGCCCGACUCGACUCAGCCACUCAUCCGCCCACCGCCUUCACGCCCCUGAGCGCGGGCGGACCUGGACUGGCUAGGGCCAUCCGCCAUCCGCCAUCCGCCAUCGAUCCACGCCGGCCGGGCCAGCCUCCCCACCCUCCCCCAUGGAACCGGUCGGGCCCACCACUUCGGAGUCGGCCGGGCCCGACCCCGGUACGCCUAGCCCUACGUUGGCCGUAGCCUGCCCGGCUACCAGGCCCGCCGCCACGCCCACCGAUCGGUUAGCCCGCACCUGGGAGCGGCUCAAAGGUCCAUCAAGUGCGCCGGCCUGGGAGACGCCCACUUCGGGCCUGGAUCCGGCCGCUUCCAUUCUGAGUAGCAGUCUGCCUUCGGACCCCACCCCAUCCGACGACCCGCUCAGCCCUCAUGUUCACCCGGACCAUUCGGCCGCGGGCGUUCAAUUCAAUCUGAAAGAACCCUCGCCCAUCAAGGAAGCCCUGCUGACCAAAUUCGCCAAACUCGCGCCCACGGGGCCCCAUUCGCCCCAUUCGUUGCUCAACGAGUCCCGGGAUCCCCGUGAGACCUCGCCCGCCCCGGCCUCUGCGGUGGGUCCGUCGGCGGGCCCGCCUUCGUGGUUGAAUCAGGUCAAAGGUCGCAUCGCCAAAACCGUCGAAGAACGCUACGCCGUAUAUAAAACCGAGAAGGAACACAGGAAGACCUCGGGUUCGACGCUGGUCACGUCCACGCCCGUCAAAUUGUCCCAGGUCGGGACUAGUCAAAGUCUAGAUCUGUCAGAUGACGACGAUCCCGAGGCUCCCGGGCGGUCUCAGGCCCAGACGUUGAGUCGCACCAAUUCGGCCUCCCAUGAGGAAUGUCACCGAUUGAGCCUAGAACGGGACCCUUUGAGCAGCUUGCCGCAUUCGAUGUCCGCCCAGCAAAUGACCUUUGCCUCGUUGCCCCCGGAACUGAACAACCUUAAGGCUACUGACGGCGAUCUACCUCAUGUGAGUUUAACCCACGGCCCGACUGAGCCGACUGAUGAAGAACGAACACCUGUGGCUGUCGCUGAGCCCGCCCCUGCCCGACGAAAAUUUACCUUCUCGUCGUUUUUGGAGAAACGAGCCAAAGACGAGAACCCGAGCCAAAGCAGUCGAGCCGAAUCCGUACCGCCCAUGCCCAUCCCUACCACCAGCGCUAAUCAGGAAAAAACUACCGCUACCGCCUUGGCGUCGCCUUCAGAAGCUAGUGGAUCUUCAGCUGCCGCCACGCCCACCCGUACCUCGUCUUUGCGAUUGCGUAUGAUGGGCUUGAUGGGCAAGGCGCCUUCGUCGGCCAAUCACCACAAUGGCAAGGACAUCCCCGUGUCUCUCCGAGAUCUGAAUAAUCCGAACGUGGAAGACCCAUUCGCCGGUAUCACGGACCUCUCCCCGGACACCGAGGCCGAUCUCUCAUUCGCCAGUACGAGCGGUCUUGGACACGAUCACCUCGAUGACUUCGAGGCCGUCGAGACCGCCAUGGAAGCAGAUGAGAUGUUGGUUUUCGAUCCAUCGCUCCCUGAAUCCCUUCAAAGUGAGGACGAAAUCCUCCCCGACGACGAACCGGAUGCUCAAAACGACUCGAGACCAGAGCAUCCAGGCCUAACGAGUCUCUUGAGCCAUUAUUGGUGGGUCGCCUCGCUCCCCAUUUGCAUUUUGGCGUUGCUUCAGUUGCUGCCCUUUCCCUCGUGGCUCAUUGGGUUUAUCACCGGGUUCCUGAUCGCCUUGCCCAUUGCGGCGUACGUGAUGUGGACGCAGUUUAUCGAGCCUCGAUUGCCACCCAGGACCAAAUUCAUCGAGAACGUGAGGAAGAGAGUGCCCAAACAGCAGGCCAUCAUUGUCCAGGAAGAAUUAGAUCGAAAAUACAUUUGGAUGAAUCUGUGGCCUCCCAAAAAUGGGCCCUAUGAUCCAUUGACGUAUGAUGUGAGGCGAACCAUGAGCGUCAGAGUCAUGCUUCACGGCCCCUGGAUUGAGCUCAAAUUCCCCAAACGCAAUCUGCCUCUCCGAAGAAUGUAUGAUGACCAAGAACCGACCAAUAUGGUCUUCCUCGAUCAGAAAGAGAUCAUCGAUCUCACCAAUUGUGCCAUCGAUCUCAUUCCCGAGAACCUGCCUAGUAAAAGGAUUUGGAGUAAGAAAUAUCCGAUUCGGAUCCGAACCAACCAACGAAAGCCACCGACAGAUUUAGAGACUUCUCAAGAGAUUGAGAAGCCGGAUUCCACUCAGAACGACCCUGCUCUUUUCAAGGAUGAUGGACUGACUUUGGGCGAAGACGAGCCUGACCAAGAGGAACGCGAAGAAAUGAUGUUUGAUGCAGUGGGCGAUGUGGACGAUUAUGAUAAGAGCGAGCGUCGCGAGGACUUGACCAACGAUGAGCCCGAUAUCCAAAGCUCGUUCGUGUUGGUCCAAAACGAGCGAUUCAAGACCUUCUAUCUGUUCACGAGAACUAGUCGUGAGAAGGAAGAGUGGUUCAAUCGAUUCAUGGUGGGAGCGCGAUUCAUGCAGGAUUGGAAUCACCAAAACCCGCCCAGGGAGCGCCAAAUCAACCCCGACCAACAUUACCUCACGUUCAAAGUCAGGGAGCAACGCUUCAAAAUCUUCAUGGAAAAUUACUUCCAGGCGAGGCACAUGGAAGGAGCCGAGCGAGUCCAUAAUCUGACCAAAAACGAUCCCGAGAAGCAACAAGUCGCCAAGGAACAAGUGGCAGUUCUUAAUAUUUUCGGGGGCCGACUCUGGUAUGACCUUCACAACAACCAGGGCUUCAUCGAUCUACUCCGAGAGAAGAUCACUCGCAAAUUGCUGAAAGUCAAGAUCGCUCAAUACUUCCGGGAUGUGAGUGUCACCACUCUGGAUAUGGGACAACGACUUCCUCAAAUUUUAAGCGCUUCACUCCCUUGGCAAGACGAAAACGGCCUUUGGGUAGACUUUGAUAUCGAAUACCAAGGGAUCUGUCAAGCCACGGUCGAGACCAAUGGGAUUCGAUUACCUGGCAAAGAUGAACCCGACCGGGAAGCCGCCGAGCUUCUCAUCAAGCGACCGGCUGCCACCAUGGAUAGCGACGAAGAGGACUCGGCCGAAGAAGACGAUGAUUUGCCCGAUCUUCCCGAGAACACCGAGAUUUGCACGGUAGGAUCGCCCUCCGAUCACCAGCAAGUUCAUGGGGCCACAUUCAAGACCCGGAUGUUGGAGAAUCUCCUCAAAUCGGACUUCGUGGCCAAGAUGGCCACUUCCGAGUGGGUCAAGAAGAAUAUCACCGAACGCAACAUCACCCUUCAGUUGCAGCUCCAUUCGCUCAAAGGAACGCUCACUUUGAAUUUCCCCCCUGCGCCAUCGGAUCGAGUCUGGUAUGGUUUCCGAACCCCGCCAGACUUGGAAAUUGCACUCCGGCCUUGUUUUGGCGGGAAAGGCUUGGGCAAAUACGAAACGACGUUCUCGUCCGUGAUGAGACAGUUGGAAAAUAGGCUCAAACAGGAAUUCAUGAAGGUCCUGGUUUACCCCAAUCUUGACGACGAGGUGUUACCAUUCCUCGACCACGUGGACUACUCCCUCAAUAAUUGAGGUGGGCCUCGAAGCAUAGUUAUUACCUUAGUUAAUAUCAUUAUUGUCGUUGUUAUUGUGAAGGAUCAUGAUUAAGAGUAUUCUGGAACAUGGAAGGCACAAUUCCAUCUGUGAUGAUCCAGGCACAAACCGAUGAGAACUCUCCUUGUCUCUCGUCUCUAAGUCUGUCGGUUCAACCGAUGCAUUCGCUCUAUUUGUCAUAUUUUGCAUUCUACUUUUAGUCCUAUUUCGAUCUAUCUUUUUUCCUUCAAUUGCUACCAAGUUACAUCUUUCCUCUUGCCACCAUGCAACCAUUCUAUCAAGUAAGAAAACGAACUUUUCGGGGAGCAAUCUUGUUUCCCAGUGAUAUGAAAUGUCUGUGAACCAGGAAAUUAUCAUUAAUGCACCUAAUACAACGAUGAUUAAUUGCCACCAUCAGCUCCCAAGCCAAAGAAAUUAAGGAACACGUCAAUAAAUAAAUAGAAACAUCAGAUAA